AUGGCGGCUCGCAUGUGCUUGCGGUUAAAUCUCAUGCGAAAAUCGAAGUUUAUAACUGAGACAUUUUUCCAUAAAGAUACAUGUACUAGAACAUUGAAAAAUUAUAGAUCAAGGCGUCCUGUCCUUAGGGAAUUAUUUCAUAAACGACAAGCCCUUGGGCCAGAUAUAGAAAGACAUCCAUCUGCAUAUGGAAUAUGGAACUACGAUUCUGAGGUGUUUGCAUUUGGUAAAAGAUUAGGUGAAGACUUCAAAGAUGAAAUACUUAAAAGGGCUUUAGUACUAAGAUCAUAUCAAGAAGAGGAAGAUAAAGCCAACCAAAUCCUGUUAGAAGAUGAUGAAAGUAUAACAGGAUCUAUAGAACACAAUGAACAGCUGGCAGAACAAGGGUUACAGUUGACAUCCCGCUAUGUGAAGGCUUAUCUACGAGCGAUGUACCCACAGAUGUUUGAAGAGGGAAUCAGAGCUAUCCAUGACUACCUUGUGUCUGACGAAAUGUUUUCCUAUGUUGGGAGCCAGCUGGGCCUGAAAGACAUCAUUAUGAAAACGGAUUAUCCACCUACAGAUGAAGACUACUGUGUAACAAUGAAGGCAGUUGUUGGAGCUCUAGCAGAGAGCCAGGAUGUUGCUCGAGCUGAAGCUUUCGUAAGAGACUUCAUCAUUGUCCAGCUAGUGGCAGAGGACAUUAAUGAGAUCUGGGAUGUUGUAAACCCUAUGGGACUUCUCACUGACGUACUCAACAAGAUGGGCAUGUCACCUCCAGAACCAAGAUUAAUAUGGAAGUCGGGUGCAUCUACAGCUCUCUCUUUGUACCAUGUAGGAGUUUAUAGCGACAGGAAACUCAUAGGACGAGCACCCGGAGAGACAGUGUCUAUAGCAGAGGAGAUGGCAGCACGAGAUGCAUUGAAAAGAUUUAUGAACACACAAGACAAUAGAUCACCAUUAAAAUUUCGUGAAGCAGUGGAAAAGCUAACAAUAAACUAUGAAAGAGAAAAUGCCAGUAUCAGUGAACUUUCCUCGGGAUCUUGAAGUUAUAUAUAUGAUUGAAAUAUAAGAAAAUGACAGAUUGCUGAAGCCAAUACUGUACCUCAAGUAAUGGGAUAUUAUGAUUGAUUAAAUAUCAGUUUUAUGUGAUUUAACACAAUUCAAUACAAGGCCUGUUAUUAAUUUGUAAGGAAUAUAUUGACAAGAGAUUCAAUUCUGAUUUGGAAGACAAUAAAAACGUCACACACAUAUUUAUAGCCAAGAAUGACUGGCACUACAAGUGGUCUUGUUUAGUGGUACACAGAGUAAUGUCCCUUUGAUGACAGAAACAUGAUGUACCAAUUUGCAUUUAUCAUUGCUUGAGGAUUCCACUAAAAGACUGCUUAAAUUAUUGUUGAGAUAGUUGAGUGAUCAUUAAAGAUAUUCUAAAAACA